AUGACGGAUAUAGCCGUCCUGCAGAUCAGCCUUGUGACAGAUAUUGUCGAAGUGCAGAUCAGCCUUGUGACGGAUAUAGCCGUCCUGCAGAUCAGCGUUGUGUCAGAUAUAGCCGUCCUGCAGAACGGCCUUGUGACGAAUAAAACAGUUCUGCAGCUCAGCCUUGUGACGGAUGUAGCCGACCAGCAGAUCAGCGUUGUGAGAGAUAUAGCAGUCCUGCCGAUCAGUCUUGUAACAGAUAUAGCCGUUCAGCAGAUCGGCCUUGUGACGGAUAUAGCCGACCUGCAAAUCGGCGUUGUGACAUAUAAAGAUGUUCUUCAGAUCAGCCUUGAGACAGAUAUAGCCGUCCACCACUGGGCUAGAAAACAUUUAACUGUCUUUUUAAAGGACUUCUCGGAAAUCAAUUUUUUUAUUUUUUUAUUAGAAACAACCAUUUCUGAUGGAUUUUAUGGUAUAUAUUACCCCGGAGCCACUGGGCUAGAAAACAUUAAUAAAGAUGUAAAGAAGCCUUGGCAGAAGAAAAAUGUAUCAGCAAAUUUCACAGAAAGACUUCAAGGAAAUAUUUCUUUGCAUAGCGGUGACAAACAGAACAAAAGUGAAGUUUCAGGCUCUGACGUACUUAUUGUUUCCUACCAACGGUCAGGUUCUUCUUUUCUAAGCAGAGUGAUCGGAUGGCGCAAUGAUUCAUUUUUCUGGUUUGAACCUCUAAACAAGGGACGAGAAUGGAGCUACCUGAGUGGCGAAAACUUACUCUGUGAUAUAAGAAAACCGUCUUGCAUUCAACUAUCGUCAUCAUCACCCGUGUCUAAGGAAGAAGCGAUAAAAACUAUUGCGGAUAUUUUGAAAUGUGAUUUGUAUGGUCCUAUGAAAACACUCACAGAAAUCAGCUUCUACUCAGGAGUACAUGCAUCAAACUGGAUCCCGUUUGCCUCUUGCUUGAGGAGGAAAAAUGCUCGGUAUUUUUCAUUGGAAUGUUUGAAACUUUUGGAAGAAGCCUGUAGGACGACGCAACAUCGAGUUGUUAAAGUAUUACGCAUUGAUUUAGAGGAAAUAUCUGGGUUUUUUUAUUCGAAUCCGAAACUGAAAAUAGUCUAUUUGUUACGGGACCCCAGAGCUGUAAUGAACAGUCAUCUAAAUACAGCAUGGUAUUCAGUCUUGUUAAGGACUAUAUCGUUUGUACGUGGGUUGGUGGAAACUAGUUCUAAUGCACGUAAUGGUUUUCAUCCUUUUGCGUAUAGAACAAAAUUACCGUGGUAUGUUGUGAAAAUGGUCAACGAGUAUUGUUCCGAUAUAUACAGACAGUUGGGAUUAAGGGAGUUUAAAACUGAGGAAGAUUAUAAAAACAGUAGGCUGAGUUCUGUUUUGAACAUUUUACCUUUUGGAAUAUAA